CCGACGUGCGCCGAAAGGAAGGUCGGGCCGGCUGGCUUCGCCCGCGGGGCAAUGCUGCUGCGACCGCUGCGGAGCUGGGCUUCCCGGGCACUGCGCCGCGACAGGCCCGGGAGCCCCGCCUUCAGCCCGGGGCCAGGGGCACAGCGUUUGGUCUGGCCUCGGGAUAAAGGUAGAGAAAAUGAAAAAGAGAAAAAAUCAGUGAUCUGUGUUGAGGGCAACAUUGCAAGCGGGAAGACGACGUGCCUGGAGUUCUUCUCCAACACAACUGACAUCGAGGUGUUAACGGAGCCCGUGCCCAAGUGGAGAAAUGUCCGAGGCCAUAAUCCUCUGGGUCUGAUGUACCGGGACGCCUGUCGAUGGGGCCUCACGCUGCAGACAUAUGUGCAGCUCACCAUGCUAGACCAGCACGCUCGUCCUCAGACAUUGCCUGUACGGUUGAUGGAGCGGUCGAUUCACAGCGCAAGAUACGUUUUUGUAGAAAACUUGUAUAGAAGGUACCGUAGUUUGCACAAUCGAUAA